CCAAUUUUAGUGGUAACAUGCAAGUGAAUAUAUACUAGCUUGCUUUUUGGAAUAUGUAGAUCUUGAAAGAGAGUAUAUUGAUAGAUCAACUUCACCAUAUAUAUGCAUAUACCUAGCUAUAAGAUUAAAACUCCAUGCAAGUGUGUUAUGAUACCCUACUUUUCUUCUACCUCAUGAAACGAAUCCAAAACCACAUGCAAAGAGAACAACACAAAAGCAAAGAAACUAGUAGAAUAAAGUGAAAACUUUGAAAACAAAGGAACCCUUUUUCCAACAUUACCCACACCUCAUUAUUCUCUAAUCAGAACUAGUUCAAUACUUUCUCCAUUCUUCCUUUAUGUUUUCUUUACAUAUAUAUACAAGAGUUUCCUAUUCUAACACCUUCACCCUUUCCAUUUUCAUCCAGUGUACUCUGGAAUACUUCUUCUCAUAAUGGCUCUUGCAAUGGCUUAUUCGAAGAAUAUGGGGCCAUUCAUCUGCCUAUUGAUCAUCAUCAUAGACGUGAUCGCGGGCAUACUUGGGAUUGAAGCUGAGAUAUCACAGAACAAAGUGAAGCACUUGAGGUUAUGGGUGUUUGAGUGCAGAGAUCCGAGCUAUGAAGCAUUUAAGCUAGGAUUUGCUGCUGCAAUCAUGUUGGCCUUUGCUCAUGUUCUUGCUAACAUGCUUGGGGGUUGCAUAUGCAUGUGGUCCACCGAAGAAUUGGAUAAAUCAUCUGCUAACAAACAAUUGGCUGUCUCUUCUCUAGUCUUGUCAUGGAUCAUUUUGGUUAUUGCAUUCUCAAUGUUGAUAGCUGGAGCCUUAUCAAACUCCCACUCAAGGGCUGAUUGUGGAGUGUCUCAUCAUCGUUUCCUGUCGAUAGGAGGGGUUUUGUGUUUCCUUCACGGACUAUUUGCAGUGGCAUAUUAUAUAUCUGCAACAGCUACCCUUGCAGAAGAGAAGAAAUUAAACGAAGCAGCACCUGUAACAGCAUGAACAUUUAGGCAGAGACAAUAAUGCUUUUCUAUUUGUUAAAUUACGAUUAUCUUUCUGCCUGAUUUGAUUUAUUAUUGAUGUAACCUUGUUGUUUUAGCUGUUUAUUUCAUUUACAAUGUCAUAUGAAUUGAU